GUAAACCAACCAGUCCUGGCGUAGAGGUUACCAGACAAACUCCGUUCAAAUCUCCGAAACUCGGAUCAAACCUGUGAUAUAAACUCAGUGUUUAGUUACCUAAAUCUAACCAUGGGGUUCUGCAGUGCCAUGACGUUGGCUUUCGCGACGAUUUUUAGUUUAGUUUCAAUCGCUCUGCUCGCGAUUGCAUUCGCGACGGAUAACUGGGUAACCAUCUCGGUUAAACGAGAACAGCUAAAGGAGUUAGAUGAGUUUGCUGAGAGUUCUCUUGUUAACGAGAGUCCCCUCUACUUUACCCGGACAAGAGGUCUCUUCCGAGAAUGUUUUCCUGGCGAGAAAUCUGAAGACCCGGAAAAGACCUCUGCACCUCUUGGUGAUCUGGUUGAACUGUACAUGAGUCCUGUGGAAACGUACUGCAGAAACCUGGAUUACUAUAUUCCUGACGAGGGCAGAUCUAAGGAAUUAACUGGAGAAGAGAUGGUCAGAAUACAUAUGGGUCGUGCCAUGAUAGCUCUGUUUAUCGUGGGAUUCUUCUUCAUCUGUGUCUCGUUUAUUGCUGGAGCCAGAGGCUGCUGGAAGACCAGUCCCACUAAUAUCACAGCCUCUGCUGUACUCAUGCUUGUUGCUUGUAUGUUCAGUGCUGCUGGUAUGGGAUUAUGGCAUGGAGUUGAACACUGGGAAAUGAACAAGAUCAAUGUAGAGACAAACACUGAACUUUUCGUCAAGUCAUGGCCGGAGAAACUUCGUGAGAAGACUGAGUUUAAGUACGACUGGUCCUAUAUUGUAUCAUGGAUCGGAGUAGGACUUGAGCUACUUUCUGCUAUUCUUUUCAGCCUGGCCGCUGUCUGUAUUAGAACCGACAAAGAACGAGAAGAGGCGAUGAAUAUGCAAUAUCUUAUGCCAGUGUAUCAGCAGAAGCAACAUCAACAGCAAUAUGGACCUUAUGGAUACGCAGCCUACCCUGGUCCUUACUACGGGUCCCAAUAUGGUCCAUACUAAAUCUAUUAGUCUAUUCUAAGGAUUUAAAUGUGGUCCAUACAAAGUGCUAUGGUCCAAAUCAAGAUGCUCUAUUUUAUGGUUCUAUAUAUGGUCCAUAGUAAGAUGUUUGGUCCAUAUUAAUAAUUUUUAUACUAAUCAAUAUGGUCCAAUAUAAGGGUCUUGAAAUGGUUCAUAACUGGCUUCAUGUUCCUUUUAAUGGUUUUAACAAAUAGUCCAUAAAAAGGGUCGAUUCUCGAAAAACCUAAUUUUAGAUGGUUCCUUUUACUGAUUCAUGUAUGGUCCAUUAAAACAUUUAGGUCAUAUGAAGGAUCCUAAUAUGGACCAUACAAGCCAAGAUGGUCCAUGAUCAAAAGAAUGUUUUAGUUUAGGUCCAUACUAAACCUCAAAUACAUAGUACUUUAUAUACUUCGGAAUCAAGUUGAUAAGUACAUAUAAGUCCAAGUAUUAUCCAUAGAAAACUGUUUUUGUUUUUUAUGUACAGUAUUGUCGUACAGUAAACUGUAAAGUGUACGUCAAAAUAAAACUCUGUGUGCAGUCAAAAAAAAAACUUUUUCGUCAAGAAAUAUUUAUCCAAAAUAAGCUCUGAUGAUUCAUGUGUACUAUGAUGUAUUUUAAAUAAAUUGAAUGUAAAUAAUCUAAGUUUGUUUACGUUUAUUCCCACAAACUGCAGUACAAUCUUUAUACCAUCUUUGAAUACUUCUAGCGAUAUUAUUUCUUGACUGAACUAAGCUGUAAAAACAACACAGUCAAAUGUAAA